CUUCUCUCUCUCUCUCUUACUUUCUCUCACUAAAGUCUCACCCUCUUUCCUUCAUUCUUCUUCUUCUUCCACCUCCGAAAUCCCUAACCUUCAAUCGCGCUUUCUCUCUCUACAUUCACGGUUGACUCAGACUGUGUGCGGUAUGUAAGUGGUAGCUGUGAAUUUUGAGUCGUGUUGAUGGCUUCUUAGCUAGUGUUGUUGAGUAUUUGUGUGGAAGCAAUUGCUUUCUCUCUCUAGCCAGCUAGAGCGACAGGAAUAAGACAGAUAGAGUUUGUUUCGUUUAGGGGGAGUGAUGGCCGUGGCUAUGGAGGGUUUUGCGAUCAGAGAGUAUGUUUCGCGGAUGAGGAGUGUGGACGUGGUGAAAUGCUGGCCGUUAGAUGAGGAGACGAGGGAGGAGGACAUGAGAGCUAGGCUUCCUCCGAUUGCAGUUAAGAAAUUCCGGUGGUGGUUUGAUGAGCUCAAAUCGGUCCGUUCCGGCAGUGGAAAUGAGCACAGCAAGCUUGUGGAAGAAGUCGAAGAAGAUAUAGAUGUGGAAAUUGAGGAGGCGAGGGCUGGGAAAGGGAAGGCCAAGGCUCCAAAGAAAAGGUCUAUUGUUGAGAUCUUCGCAGUGGCGCCGCAAGUGGAGAGAGUUGAAAGUGAUGAUUAUAUGGACGAAAGCAAUAGCGAUGAUGAUGAUAGUGUGCAACAAAUGGAUGAAGUUUCUAAUCUAAAGCUUGCAGUUCUUCGCGAAUCCUUGCUUACUUCUAAAAGCAAGGCGAACAGUGCAAAGACAAAGACGAAAAAGAAGAAGAAGGUGACUCUUAUGAAGCUGAAUAUGGGGAAGAACAUGAUCAUCAACAAGGGCAAGAAGGAGACGGCCAAGAAGAAGAAGAAAGUAAAUAAUUGCGUGGAUCUACUAAUUGGAGUUAAGGAGAAACUUAAGAAGCAUGGAGAACAACCUCCACCUAAUCCUUUUCCAAGAUCAAGAUCUUCAAUGCCUAAGGAGCUCCAAAAGGAUAUCUCAGAAGAUAUUCCAACCCACAAGAAGAAACCUAGAAUGAAACGUCCACCUGCACAGAAGCAGACAAAGACAAUGACUACUUCCAAGUUGACUGCAGACCAUCCAAAGGCAGUGAUACCAGUCCGUGGCAUCCUCAAGAAUAAUACCAAACUAUCUCCAGAGGAGAGUCCACCAAACUACUUUAUGAGGAAUCCUAACCAGGCAAAUUUCAGUGGGAAUGCUCAGGCCAAUAAGCAUGUCACCUUCUCAGGUAAGGAUGACACAGGAUCAAUGAGAAAAAAUUCUGCUCCCAUUAGGUGUUCAGACUUUCACAACUUUUUCAAUUUAAAUGCUGAAGUUGCUUCUCCUUCCAUAAAAGUUCCCUUCACUGAAAGAGUUAAAGCUUUAUCAGUUAUGGAGUUGGGAGGAGUUAAUGGAAUGGCUCCAAACGAUGCAGGAAAUGAGAUAACUGUUCCACCGGUAGAAAAAAAACAGUUGUCUGUCAUGUCUGAUGUUGCUGGGACAUCUAGUUUCCAAGGAUGUAAAACUUAUAGUAAAAAUUGCUCAUUUGACAGAUGUGUGGUUGUAGGUCAAGAUGCAGAAAGCAGUGACAGUUUGCAUUCAUUUGAAAGACAGCCAAAUGAUCCAUUCUACACUUGCAAUCCUGGGUUUCUCUCUAUGUCUCAAGAGGCAUAUAGGAACAGAAAAAAUAACCAAGCUAUUCCACAAUUAACAAAUUCUUCCAGUGCCACGAAGAGAUUGAUUGGUCAUCUAAUGGAUCCAGCCCCCAGAAUUACAGCAGUCUGCUCCAUGGAUUGUGUCCAAGCAUUUCACCGACCUUCGUCUUAUUUGACUAGUUUCAAUGAAAAUUUGAGCAGGAUGCCUAUGGGUCUCUCACAUACCACUAAUGAGAACUUCAGUGGUCAUGCAAUGCAUUAUCUACCAUUCCCUCCUUCCCCAUCUCAGGAAUUGAUGCAUACAAUCUGUUCAACUCCUGAUUGGAAGCAAAGAGUGACUGUGUGUGGAGACAAGAACACUUGUGAAGAGUAUGUUAGGUUGCCCCUAAAUUCUCAAGGGGAAUUGAUCAAGUCUAGUGGAAAUGGGAGCAGUGUGCGUUCCUCCACAAGCCUAGCUGUGAAGAACACAGAUCUCAGAAGUUGGAAUGAGAGAAUAUCCCAGAAGAGGGACCAGUUAAAUUAUGCAAAUGUCAAGGAUUCUAUGAAAAGUAGUCCUAAUUGUCCUCUCCCUUCUAGGCUGGGUAUUUAUGAAUAUCAAGAUGCUGGAAGAGCAAGUAUCAAUUUGGGUCAUCUGAAGGAAAAUAAUCUUAUGAUUUCACUGGAGUCAGAUAAGGAUGCCUUUGACCUCACAAUGAAGAAAGAUAAUCAUCUUCUGAAACAGUUUGAAAGUGCAAAGAUUCAGCAACAUGGAAAUUCCAACUAUUUCCCACAGCAUGUCACUCAGUCAACAAUGCGUCUGAUGGGUAAAGAGUUUAAAGUGGAUAGGAGAGACUUGCAAGGACUUGAGGAUGCAAAAUUUUGGACUGAUAAGCAGAUCAUUGCUGAGCAUUUUCCUGCUAAUGGUGAUGCCCUUGACAAUUCGAAUAUCAAGAGUCACAAUCAGGGAGAAUUUGAUGUACAUGCAGUGUUAGGAAAACUGAAAGGACCUGCUUCAUGUUCUUUAGAAGUUGUCAAUCAGGUAGUGCCUGAGCAUAGGGUUCAUCUUGCUCACUUUAACCACCAAAUUGAUGUAAUGCACCAGAGUAGGUUAUGCUCUCUCAGACAGAGCUAUUAUCCUGAAUGGUGUACUAGUGAUCCUUCAUCAGCUUCAUCUGCAGCAUAUAACCGACAAUUUGUCUUCAAGGAGCCCUUUAUAUAUGGACAUGAAUCUUCCAGAGUUAGCUCUCAAAUUCCUGUCAUAAGAUUCAACAAUUGCAAUUCCAGUCAAAUUUUGACUCCAAUCUCUGCUGGACCAGAAAACACGGAGAAGCUUUCUCAUGCUACCAAAUCAGCAUUCAACUUUCCUUUUUUGCAUCCAGAUUGCAGAGGGCAUCCCAAACCAACCGGGUCAGAGAGCUAUUCUAAUUGCAUGGUCCCCAGGUUGCCAGAUGCUCCAAAAAGGGGUGUACUAUUGGGGUUUCAUCAAUUAUAUAAUAAUUCAGAUGGAAGUUCUCUUCCCUCCUCGAUGUUAAGGACUACUUGCCAAACUGAAUCUUCAGUAUAUCUUGCUCGUGAGGAUUUCUCUUCAAUCAACAAUUCCUUUCAUCCAACUCAGCUGAAUGCGUUGUCUACUACUGCUUUGGCUAAAUGUUCUCAAAAUCAAAUCCAGCUUGGGUUGACACUAAAUGCUGCCACAAAGAAUAAACAUGGGCACAAGAUAAAGUUCAAAGAGAUGAUCAAAUCAAGAAUCUCUUAUACUAGCCUUGGUCUGGGCAGAAAACGCAAGAAAAGGUCUGCAGCUGCAUCAGAUGAUUCUGUCAUUCCAAAGAAAAUCCCUAACUUGGGAUCUCAAAGGGAUUGUAGUAGUACGGUGACAGCACAUGAUAAUUUUGAAGGUGGUCUGCCAGAUAGCAUGCAAGCAUUAGAAUUGGAGUCAGCUAGUGAAAAAGUCAACAAUGUUGAGUGGGAAAAGAGAGAGAGCCUUAAAGAUACCACAGAUUCUCAUGGGUUGAUGUCCUCUAAAGUUGAUAGUGCAAUGAGAUCAGGACCCAUUAAACUAACUCCUGGAACCAAGCACAUACUAAAGCCCUCUCAAAAUUUAGAUCAGCCAAACUGUAAACCAUCGAUUUCAACUCUCUCUUUUGCUGAUACAGCUAGUGCUAAAAGGAGUUCAGAAUCUGAGAAACCAAUAACAAUUUACGAGUUUUAGAUCAGCAGGAUGGUCCACUUUGGUUUUCCUAAAGCCAGGAGUUUUUGUUCUUCGGACAUGGACUCAGAAGGGGUGGGAAGUUGUCUGAUAAGGUGUGUUUUGUUUCACUUUUGCAUGUUUGAAUGAAUGAAACUAUGAUGCUGUAGCUGGCAUCUGGAUUGUGGGUGAUCAAACACUCUUCUUAAAUUAUGAAUUUUUUGUUUUUCCUGUAAACCUGAUAAGUGCUUUAUUAGUGAAUGGCUUGUUUGAAUUA